AUGGCCCAAGCGGACCUCAAAUCUCGCACUCGUGCAGAAUACCUCUACUUCCUGGACUACCGCACACGAUGGAGCGACAACGACCAAUAUGCACACAUGAAUAACUCAGUUUACUACCACCUCUUCGAUUCUAUAAUAAACACGUAUCUCAUUGAGAAAUGUGGCCAAAGCCCGACGAGUUCGCCUCUAAUUGGGUUGGUGGUGUCGUCGUUUUGUCAGUUCUUUGCCCCCCUGUCUUUUCCAGAAGUCCUUCACCUCGGAUUACGCGUCACCAAGCUUGGCUUGUCGUCGGUGUCCUACGAAGUAGGCAUCUUCAAGGAGGGUGAAGAUUCGCCUGCCGCGGUGGGUGGGUACACGCACGUAUUUGUUGAGAGUCAGUCGAGGAGGAGCACUCCAAUGGGGCAGAACCUCAAGAAUGGGCUGGGGGCGCUUCUGGCUGGUGAAGGCGAGGGGACUGUGAAAGGGAAACUUUAA